AUGUCAAAUGAUAAAUCCAGCGAGCCAGUGCUAAGGAUAGGAGACGAGCUAUUUUUCUAUGACCAAAAUAAUUAUAUUUUAGUGGCAGAAAAUCCUUUAGAAACACGAGCAUGUGUAAGACCAACUCUAAAUAGAUGUCUUUCUUCGGAUCAUGCCAUGGGAACAAGCAUUUUCAGAUUAGAGCCACAGCAAUCUCAUUCAGCACAACGAGAAUUAGAGCUCUUUUUAGGUGAUGACCGAGACCUUGAAAAAGUAUCGCUUGAGGCUUCUAAAGAAGAGUUACUCGAAUUGCAACAACUUCAGUAUAAGGCAGCCAAAGAAAUUACUCAAAAUGAGACGGAAAGAUAUCGGCUAUUAGGAAAGCCUGUAUUAUACGGUCAAGUAAUUCAGCUGUUCAAUCAACACUUUAAAAAGUAUUUGACCGUCACCGGAAAGACAAGAGUUACAGAGACAUUGAAUCACCAUCUUUUGCAAGUAAAUCUUUCUACAGAAUCGAUCGGUUAUUUCCGAAUUAUGCCAAGAUAUCGGAUUCGCUUUGUCGGUGAUGCCAUUAGAGUUGGUGAAACAAUCGCUUUGCAAUGUGUUAGGCCUGAAGGAUAUCUAAAUGUUGACUCCAACCUCACAAGUAAUAAUCGUCUUCAUGGUGACUAUUAUGAAGUUUAUUCGCAUACUCGUAUAUCGUCCUGGACAAUGAAACUCCAUUACUCUUCCAUCUCAGAGCAAGACACAAAAAAUAUCAAAUAUGCAAAUUCUGGACAAUAUGUUCGAUUUUACCACAAAGAGAUGGAGUCAUAUCUUCAAGCGCCGGUUGAUAAUCAAGGGAGCGAAGUUGUAUUAAAAAAGCACAUCAUCAAUCCCUUAGACCCCAAAGAAACUGAUUCCCCACUCGCAUUUUGGGAGAUCGAAAAUGUUGAUCUAUCGAGAGGCUCAAAAGUAAGAUGGAAAAAAACAAUUCGGAUUCGUCACGUAGCAUCUCGCACAUACUUAUCGAUCGACCCAAGUCACGUUCGAAUGGACGUUGGAACUGGAAAGCCAUUAUAUACUCUCAAACUCCUAAAGAAUCCAUUGUGUGCUAGUGACUCUAGUCAAGACAUAACCUUGUUCCAAUUAGUCCCUAUAUCUGCACCAUCGAUAUCUGGUAUCCCAUAUGGCUCCUUUUUAAGAAUCCAGCAUUUAUUGACAGGCUGUUGGAUGCAUUCUGAAAAUGGCGAAGAGAGGAACGAACGCAUACAUGUUAUUCCACCCCAAACUACCUUUGGGUAUAGUUCAUCUCCUUUGAGUACACCACAACUUUCUUUCAAAGAAAAUAUCCCUCAAGUACCACUCUCGCAACAAGGUGACCGUAAUCAUUCGCGAUUUAAUUCAUUCUCUACCUUAGUUGAGGAUCAAUCCGACGAAGUUAAAGUAGAUGAUGAGAAAAGUGUAAAAUAUCGUAUUACUGCUUCUCAAGAGUUAUAUUACCACGACUGUUUUUCGAUUACAAAUGUAGAACAGGAAUUAAGCGAUACGUUUAAUGUUGUUAGUGAAAUGCUACCGUAUCUUCAAUGGUAUCUUUAUCAAGAUAGAAAAGUUCAAGACGAUGAUGCGUAUCCGAUUCAAGCCCAAGAACAUGAGUCUAUUAUAAAAAUUUUGAGAGCGUUGAUCAUUUUUUGUACUAAAAGCAAAGAAAAAAAUGUCGAAAAGCGUAAAGGGUUACCAAAUGAGUAUCAUCAGAUUUUAUUAAGAGAGAUUGGGAUUAUCAAUGCUGUUGUGCAAAUGAUUGUAGCUCCUUUUGAUCUGUCUAAAAGAAAUCAUAUCAAAAAGCAACUUUCAAAAAAUUACAAAAAUCAGAAAGUAAAACAAUCAGUUGAAGAAAGACCGGUUGAAAUUAUGCACGAGAAACUUCGUUCCAUCAUCAUGUUGUGUUAUCAUUUAUUGCGUGUAUUUCUGGUGGAAAGAUCACAUUUCGAAGUACCAAAUUCUAUCGCACAAGAGAAUCAGCAAUAUAUACUGACAGUUUCAGGAGAAUCGGGAAUGGCAUUGUUUAUACGACAUGUACAGUUUGAUGUAGGUGCCACAGAUGUCCUUAUUAAACUACUGAAGCACAACGAACAAAAUGUGUCUUUGACAAAAUCUUUGAUUGAAAUAACGAAAAUUGAAACACAAAUAAUUGUCAAUACAAUUCGGUCUCAAAUCAGAGUAGAUCAAGAUCGACAAAGAAUAAGCGCUUUCCGACUACUUUGUGCUUUAUGCCGUGAUGAGUCGACAUCAUCUCAAAUUUCAGAAGCUUUAUUCAAUCCGAAAAGCUCUGAUUGCUUGAUACAAACAAGAAUUUCUAGAGGGAAACAGGUCGAGAUUAAAUUUAGAAAUGAUGACAGAUGGCAUAAUAUCACGACGGUGGUUGAAAUACCUUCAUGUUCGCUUUACAUAAACUACGUUUUAAAGUUGAUUUACACGCUAUCCAAUGGUACUUCGAAAAUUAAGACCAUUAGCCAAUCUAUUGAUAGUCAAGUAUGCUUUUAUUCGAUCAAAAAUACUAAAAUUCCAAGCCCUAUCCGUUCUAGAUUCUGUGAUAUAUUGAGAGGUGACAAGAAAUUUUACAUUAACAUCCACAAUCUAGUUGCUUAUUUGGACAUCCCAGAGCAUAAAACUAUAGCGCUAAACAAUUUCACAAUUGAAUCAGGGGUUUUAUGCAAACCAGAAACUGAAUAUCCUCGGGGGUCACCUAAAAUAUAUUCUGAGUUUUUUAAGAAAGUCUUAUUAUGGACACUUCAAUUCUUAGAGUCUGUGCCCAAUGAGCUUACAGAAAACAUGGAGCAAGUUCAAUUUUUAAAUUCAAUUCUGAAGCUAGUCCAUAGUCAAUUAAAAGUAGGAGUAUUCGUAGAGCCAAAAAAAAUGAUUUCACUUUUUAGAUUUCUGGUUAAUAUUUUAGAUGGAAGAACAGAUGCAAAAAAUGAGGAACAUUUAAACUUUAUUCUUAAUGAGAAUAAUUCCCGAGAAUGGCAUGAGAGAUAUGAGCUGACAGAAGAAAAUCAUAGAGUUAUGAAUACAAAGGUACAGAUCCUAAGUAUGUUGGACAUGAUGUUCGACCUGAGACUUCAUUUACGUAUUGGUUACUUGGCUUGUAUGUGGCACAGAGAAGUUGAUAAGGACGAAAAAAAGCUUGAUCUUGGUCAAUUGUUAGCAGUGUUCCAAGAGACUGAACUUUGUCACCGUGAAAAAUUUUUGAUGCCCAUUUUUAAAGACAUUUUAAAAUAUGAUUAUGCCCCUUUGAAACAAAUUGCGGUCGUAGUAAUGCAUCGUUUGUUUGACGAUAGCCAAGAAAUAUUAAAUAAGGUGAACAGUGUCAUCAUAAUCAAUAGUGAGCACACAGACCACAGCCUUGUAUAUCAUAGUAUUAUCGAUCAUUUAGAACUACUAAAAACUUAUGUACGCGUGGAUUACGAGGAGGAAGAAGGUCACACUCAGUAUUUGGAAAAGAUAAGAGAUGCGAUUAGGGAUUUAAAGCCAUUGCUUUCUGGGAAACAAUCCACAUGUCGUAUGGCUUUUGACACAGAUACAGAGGAUGAAUCAAAAGAUAGCAAAAAGGAAGAAGGGGAAGCAAAUAGAAUCAGAUGCAAACUUGAAGAAGGGGAAGCAAAUAGAAUCAGAUGCAAACUUGAAGACGAGACAAUUUUUUGCAGAAUUUUUAAAAGUCUGGACACAUACAGCCUGAUGGCUAAUUUAUUGAGAUCUCUUCUGAUUAUACCAGCUAAACAUUAUCGUGAAUAUAUUGACACGCUAGAGGUUUGCUUCGAGCUCUUGUGUAUUGUUACUGAGAAAGAUAAAGAAUUUCAGAGUCUAUUUGUGCUUGAAAACAUUGACCUCUUGAUUGAUAUCACUUUGCUGUCUUCAAAACUUGCUGCUUUGUUUUCGAACCUUUUUUCAAAUAACCUUUAUAUUAGCAUGAAUAUAAAAGAGCGCCAUAUUAUACGAAUUAUAAGCACAUCUGAAGGCUACCAAGGCGAGUAUUUACUCGCACUACAACAUCUUUUGAAACCUCAAGGCAAGUUGAUUAAAAAGAAUCAAGACAUUGUCAUGAGAUAUAUUAUGGAGAACAGAGAUGAAUAUAUCCCCUUUAAUAAUAAGCGGACAAUGGAUAACUUACGUGGGAUGGAUGAAGAUACAACAAGCUAUUUUGUCAAUUUGAUUAACAUUCUGGCUAUAUGUGGACAGGGCGAAAACACUUUUGGACAAUCUUUUGCAAGAACCAUUUUUUCUAUCGGGGAUAUCUACGAAAUUGUACAAGACCAAAAUAUAUCGCUUUCUCUGAAAGCGGCUGUGCUUAAAUUUAUGGCCUCGAUUUACAUUGAAGAUAUUGAGUUACCUUUGGAUAUUCCUAUCAAUGAUAGCCAAAAUGUAUUAGAGCUUAUGAUUGUUUCAGAAACCGCCAUGACACAAUGUCUGUACGAACAAGAAUAUUUGCUACCAGAGUUCUUCCACCAAUAUGUAUAUUGCGGUAUUUCUGCGUUUUUGCGUUCCGUAUUUGAAUAUCAUAUUUCAAUCGAAACUGUUGACAGCGAUAAGGUGGAGUUCUAUUCAAGAUUAGUGGACUUGACAUUGCAGUUAUUGCCGAUGACAUAUGAUGAUGAAAACGCACUUCAAAGCUUAUUAAUAUGCUUGGAUAGUAUGAUUAAUGUGGCUGGAUUUAGAGGAAGUAUGAAUCCACAGUCAUUAUACGAUUUGCUGAAGGAGGCAUCUUUGACGUUGAAUAAUUUGUACGCUAAAAGCUAUCACCGAGAAUACCAAUCUGGAAGCAAGAUGAGCGAAAUAGUACCCCUCAAAGAAUCAACGAAUGUAUCCUUUCAGUCGUAUUUCAGCUGUAUACAAGUUAGCAAAGAACUUGAAGUAUAUCGUCAAGUUGAGUUCGAGAAAUUAUGUUCACAUUUCAGUUUAAAUCGUGAAGGAGGAAGUGAUAGCAUUCAAUCAUUGAUUUCAUACUUGAGCACUAUGACAACAACAAAAGUUGAUGCAAGGACCGAGAAGUAUCAAGUUGCUUCUAUUAAGCUGUUAGAGGAGGUUUCUAUGCAGUAUAUACGUAAAAGGAUGAAUAUUGAUCCAUAUACAGAAUCUGAUCGAUAUGAUGAAUUGGAAUUGAAGAAAACUGAAUCGCAAAACACGCUUAAUGAUUUGGGAUGUACAUUAGUAGCCCAAAACCUACUCUCAUCGCCGACUAGGCAGAUUUUUGAUGCUGCAUUAAAGUUACUCAUAUCUUUAUUAGAAGGAGGAAAUAAGAAUGUCCAGGACAAACUUGAGGAAUACUUUUACAGUAUCAGAGAAGAAAGGUUUUUUUAUUCGUUCCACCAGCGUUUACAAGAAGGCAUUGCUUCCUCCAAAGAUUCUCAAAUGUACUUGACCAGAAGAUUAUAUAAAAUUAACCGACAACAGUACAUGUUGGACAAUAUUAAUGUAUCGCCCGAGUCGACUAUAAAAAGAAAGGCGCAACAACACAGACGUAGUAAAUCAAUCAUGGUUAGUGCAGGGGAUAAAUCAUCGGAAAUAUCCAAUAAGCGCAACAGUCAUCAGGUGUAUAUGAUGGCAAGAAACAGACCCAAUUCAACUCACGUAACAUCAAAGCCUACAGAGAUUACUAAAGAAUCAACUAAACUUUAUCGAGAAAUUUCUCAGCUGAUGUUGUCCAAUAGCGAAUCUACUUUUGAGUUUGGUACCACGACAAAGGAUUUUAAAGUGAUGGAAGACACAAUGAGAACAUUGCAACUGAUGGUCGAAGGGCAUAAUCUAAAUUUACAAGCUUACUUGGCCAAGCAACCUGACAAUAUUAAAAGCUUUAACAUAGUUUUGGAUGUAGUGGAUUAUUUCCAUGCUAUUGCGCCAUUAUGCAAUGCUGAUAACAUUGAGUUGAUCAUCCAAGUUCUCGAUACAAUCACCGAAUUAGCGCAGGGUUGUUUGGAGAACCAAGUUACUAUAUUUAACAACAAGGUGAUCAACCCAGUCAAUAUCAUACUAAGAGAAUCUUACGUAGGAUGUAGCCAUAAACAAGUUACCGAGCUAAAGUCUAAGGUGGUGAUUUGUUUACUCAGCUUAUUGGAAGGAGGGAUUGAAAACAGCGAAACUAUUUUUAGAGAAAUGAUAAAUUCUCUCGAUUUGGCAACUGUCAAAAAUAAUAUGGAGAUCAUUUACAAGGAAAAUGUCGACAGUCUCAAAUCAAAAAAUGUUUUUUCAAAAUUAGAAUGUGGAUUUUUGUAUUGUAUAUUAAUUAUGACAUUGACACCAGCAUUGGACCAAGCACAACGUACCAUGUUCCUAGAAAACAACGAUGCCUUUAAAUAUUUUCAAAGUCAUACCGGACAAAUAGAAAUCGUCAUGAAUUACGGUGAAAAGCAACUAACACGUGUAUUAUUCCCAAUUCCUGAAAUUUGUCAAUAUCUCAGAGAUGAAACUAAAGAAAGAUUUUUAUGGAAUGUUAAACGUGAUUCACCGUCUGCAAAAAUUGAAGACUUUGUACAACAAUCAGAAAUGAUCAUUUAUGAGAUUGAAAACCAGGCACAUGUAGCACACAGCGGAUAUUUGUCUUUCUUAACAGAUUAUAGCUCAUUUUGGUGGGAAUCCGCAUAUGGUAUUUCUAUUGUUCUCAAUAUCAUGCUAAUGGUCUACCCCAAUUUGUUAAUCCCUGAUGAUGACCCAAUCAAGCUGGUGAUUACAGUAGCAAGAUAUUUUUUCAGUAUGAUUCAUCUUAUACUAUGGCUAUUGCUGACAUCAGAAUUUUACUUUAUUCAGUUGCCAGUUUUAAUUAACCGUAGGCUACAAGAAGCAGCUGUUACAGAUGAAAGAUCUAUUUUAUCCUUCGUCAAACAAAAUUUUAAAUCAUAUACAUUUCUAUGGGCAACAGUGACCGAGUCAAGAUUUUUAUACCACUUGCUGAUGGUUGCAUUUUCUUUAACCGGGUUCAUUUACAAUCCCGGAUUUUAUUCAGCUCAUUUACUAGACUUUGUAUUUCGUGAUAGUAUCCUACAGGGGGUUAUUUCAAGUAUUACAUUGAAUGUGCAUUCUAUUUCUCGAACAGCUAUUUUAGGUAUCAUUGUCAUAUACAUACAUAGUAUUGUUGCCUUCAUGUACUUUCGUAAAGAAUUCGAUGAUUCCAAAGGGUUAUUUUGUGGAUCUUUGAUGGAGUGUUUUAUCACGGUUCUGUCACAUGGUGUGCGAUCAGGAGGCGGAAUUGGUGACAUACUUGAACCAGAUGAGCUUCAUAAGCCAAGUGGGUGGCGAACGGCCUUUGAAAUGUCAUUUUAUUUGGUUGUGGUUGUAUUUUUGUUGAAUGCCAUUUUUGGUAUCAUAUUUGAUACAUUCGGGCAUCUACGUGAUGGUAAUAUUAUACAGUACAUGAUUAUGAGAUCAUCUAUUCAUGAAGAUAUGAAAAACUUGGAGUUCCAACGUCAUGCGAAAAAAGGAUUUGAAGAUCAUGUUAAAAAUGAUCAUAACAUCUGGCAAUAUUUAUUUUUUCUCGUUCAUUUGAGAAAUAAGGAUCCUACAGAAUACACAGGGCCUGAAUCAUAUGUUGCAGGAUGUUUGAAAGACGUUGAUUAUAGCUUUUUCCCUAUCAAUAGGGCACUUGGAUUAGACAAAGAAGAAAAUGAUUCAGAGAGACUUGACAAACUCGAGGAAUUAAACCAGAGUUUAUUAGAAAAGCUUACAAAGUUACAAGAGAAUAUAGAUAAGCUGAAUGAUCAACAAUCUCGAUCAAGGCAAAAUAGUUUAAUGCUCUCCCCAAUGUAA